CUCUGUGUGUGUGUGUGUGCCUAUUCUCCUCCGGCUUCGUUUUACUCAUCGGAUUCUGCUCCUCACGAAAGCCAUGGUUAAGCAGCAACCUAAUUGGUCUCCUUAUGACAACAAUGGAGGAUCUUGCGUCGCCAUAGCUGGAGCCGAUUACUGUGUUAUCGCAGCUGAUACUCGAAUGUCCAGUGGUUACAACAUUCUCACCCGGGAUUACUCCAAAAUCUGUAAAUUGCACUUGAUUUACCAGCAUCAGCACAAUAAGCAGAUGAGCUGCCCUGCAAUGGCUCAACUGCUUUCCAACACGCUUUACUACAAACGUUUCUUUCCUUAUUAUGCAUUCAAUGUUUUAGGUGGCCUUGAUAAUGAAGGAAAGGGUUGUGUGUUCACAUAUGAUGCUGUUGGUUCAUAUGAACGGGUUGGAUACAGCUCCCAAGGUUCUGGUUCUACCCUCAUCAUGCCCUUUCUAGAUAAUCAACUGAAGUCUCCCAGCCCUCUUCUAUUGCCUGCUCAGGAUGCUGUUACUCCCCUUUCAGAAUCUGAAGCAGUUGAUUUGGUCAAAACUUGUUUUGCAUCAGCAACUGAGAGAGAUAUAUACACUGGAGACAGGCUUGAAAUUGUUGUUCUAAAUGCUGAUGGUAUUCGUCGUGAAUACAUGGAGCUUAGGAAGGAUUGAUUGAUCACUAUCAAAAACAAUGUUGCCCUACUGAAGCAGAAUACUGGAAUUAGAUGGCAUUGUUUACUUUUUCUUGCCAGUGUUCUCAUGUUUCCGCUGUUCUUGAAUCUAGAACUGUACUUUCCUUCAAAAUGAAUGUGUGGAAGUCAUGGUGUUUGUGAUGGACAUAUGGUUCAUGAAGCCAGCUUUAAUCUUAAUGAAUUAUACUUGGUUUAUGCUAAAACAAAUUUUAUAUAAGUUUCAUUGAUAUCUUUGCUGAUUUUGAAAUGGCGUCUGUUAGUUUUUGCGUUUGCAAGAGUACAAUAUAUACAGUCACCACGU